CUACUUUUAGAGUCCAAAAUAAAUCCAAAUACCGCGUACCAGAAACAACAGGACACUUUGAUUGUGUGGUCUGAAGCAGAAAAUUAUGACUUGGCUCUUAGUUUUCAAGAAAAAGCUGGAUGUGAUGAAAUUUGGGAGAAAAUAUGUCAGGUUCAAGGAAAGGACCCUUCGGUGGACAUCACCCAGGACCUCGUCGAUGAGUCUGAAGAAGAACGUUUUGAUGAUAUGUCAUCGCCAGGUUUAGAAUUGCCAUCUUGUGAAUUAAGUCGCCUUGAGGAAAUAGCAGAACUUGUGGCAUCAUCUUUACCUUCCCCACUUCGUCGUGAAAAACUUGCACUAGCACUGGAAAAUGAGGGUUAUAUUAAAAAGCUCUUAGAGCUUUUUCAUGUGUGUGAGGAUUUGGAAAAUAUUGAAGGACUGCACCACUUGUAUGAAAUAAUCAAAGGCAUCUUCCUCUUGAAUCGAACUGCUCUUUUUGAAGUUAUGUUCUCUGAGGAAUGUAUAAUGGACGUUAUUGGAUGCUUAGAAUAUGACCCUGCUUUAUCACAACCACGAAAACACAGGGAAUUUCUAACAAAAACAGCCAAGUUUAAAGAAGUGAUUCCUAUAUCAGAUCCUGAGCUGAAACAAAAAAUUCAUCAAACAUACAGAGUUCAAUACAUACAAGAUAUGGUUUUACCUACCCCAUCAGUCUUCGAGGAAAAUAUGUUGUCAACACUUCACUCCUUUAUCUUUUUCAACAAGGUAGAAAUUGUUGGUAUGUUACAGGAAGAUGAGAAAUUUCUGACAGAUUUGUUUGCACAAUUAACAGAUGAAGCAACAGAUGAGGAAAAAAGACAGGAGUUGGUUAACUUUUUAAAAGAAUUUUGUGCGUUUUCCCAAACGCUACAACCUCAAAACAGAGAUGCUUUUUUCAAGACAUUGUCAAACAUGGGCAUAUUACCAGCUUUAGAAGUCAUCCUUGGCAUGGAUGAUACACAGGUGCGAAGCGCUGCUACUGAUAUAUUCUCAUACUUGGUUGAAUAUAAUCCAUCCAUGGUACGAGAGUUUGUCAUGCAGGAGGCACAACAGAAUGAUGAUGAUAUUUUGCUCAUCAACCUCAUUAUAGAACAUAUGAUUUGUGAUACAGACCCUGAACUUGGAGGAGCAGUCCAACUUAUGGGCUUGCUUCGAACAUUAGUUGACCCAGAGAACAUGUUAGCUACUGCCAAUAAAACAGAAAAGACUGAAUUUCUGGGUUUCUUCUAUAAGCACUGUAUGCAUGUCCUCACUGCUCCCUUACUGGCAAAUACAACAGAAGACAAACCUAGCAAAGAUGAUUUUCAGACUGCCCAGUUGUUGGCACUUGUAUUGGAAUUACUAACAUUUUGUGUGGAGCACCAUACCUACCACAUAAAGAACUACAUUAUUAAUAAGGACAUCCUGCGGAGAGUGCUGGUUCUUAUGGCCUCAAAGCACGCGUUCUUGGCAUUAUGUGCGCUUCGUUUUAAGAGAAAGAUUAUUGGAUUAAAGGAUGAGUUUUACAACCGCUACAUAAUGAAAAGUUUUUUGUUUGAACCAGUAGUGAAAGCAUUUCUCAACAAUGGAUCCCGCUACAAUCUGAUGAAUUCUGCAAUAAUAGAGAUGUUUGAAUUUAUUAGAGUGGAAGAUAUAAAAUCAUUAACUGCUCAUGUAAUUGAAAAUUACUGGAAAGCACUGGAAGAUGUAGAUUAUGUACAAACAUUUAAAGGAUUAAAACUGAGAUUUGAACAACAAAGAGAAAGACAAGAUAAUCCCAAACUUGAUAGCAUGCGCUCCAUUUUGAGGAAUCACAGAUACCGACGAGAUGCCAGGACACUAGAAGAUGAAGAGGAGAUGUGGUUUAACACAGAUGAAGAUGAUGUAGAAGAUGGAGAAGCUGUAGUGUCUCCCUCUGACAAAACUAAAAAUGAUGAUGAUAUCAUGGAUCCAAUAAGUAAAUUCAUGGAAAGGAAGAAAUUAAAAGAAAAUGAGGAAAAGGAGGUGCUUCUGAAAACGAAUCUUUCUGGACGGCAGAGCCCAAGUUUCAAGCUUUCUCUCUCUAGUGGAACAAAGACUAACCUCACCAGCCAGUCACCCUCAACAAAUCUGCCUGGUUCUCCAGGGUCACCUGGGUCCCCAGGAUCCCCAGGUUCUCCUGGAUCUGUCCCUAAAAAUACAUCUCAGACGGCAGCUAUUACUACAAAGGGAGGUCUCGUGGGUCUGGUAGAUUAUCCUGAUGAUGAUGAAGAUGAUGAUGAAGAUGAAGACAAGGAAGACACGAUACCAUUGUCAAAGAAAGCAAAAUUUGAGUCGUCAUAAUGGCAACUGUCUGUGAUCAAUACCUGUUGAAAAAACUGGUUCUCUGCCCCUCCCCCUACAAGAUCCACAACAAAGCAGUGGUCUCUGUGACUGACUGAGCAGCUCAGCCUUGCACACUUGACUCUGCUCAUCAAGUGCCAAUUCAAUGGAGCAGGAGGAGGGGAUAUUACACAUUUAGGGGGAAGACUUAAGCCUUUGAGCUCUCCAGCUUGGACCACACAUCGCCCUUUUCUCAGGGAAGGAAAUGGAAACAAAAAGCCAACAGGGCAGGGGUUUGUAAGUGGGACUCUGGACUGUCUGACCAGUUGCUACAAUCAGAACAUGCUUUCUUGGACCAUGUUUGAGACUCAGAAGAAUAGGCUUUUCUGCCACAAUUCUUCACUAGUUACUAAGAAUGCCAGCAGUUUCUUUGAUAAGAGACCUGCCUUUAAAAUCAUACAUUCUGAACAUUUUAGUCAAGCUACAACAGAUUUGGGAAACCUCUGUGGGGGAGGGGCGAAUAUAAAGUUUCCUCUUUUUUAUCUGUUCCCUUUGCCCUUCAAACUGCAGAUUUUUUUUUUUUUUUUUAAGUAGGGUUUUGUCCCUACUUAAUUAAAGAUUGAGUGGAAUUCUAGAUGUGGUCAUUUGUGUCAUAUUUUUUUUUUGUUUCAUUCUGUUUUUGUUUUUUUUUCCUCCCCUGAGUGUGUGCUUAGUUGUUGAGUAUAUAUAUUUGGGACCAUUAAAACUCUUUUUGAUGUAAUAUAACCUACGUUGUGCUGGUACCUGUUUUACCAUGUGUAAUUUUUGUUCUACAUCACAAUUCUUAAUUUGUUUAGAGUUUUAUGAGAGAUGGUAUAGUUUUUAUUGACAAAAGCAAAGUAAUCUUACAACUAUGUGCAUACAAAAGCAAUACUAUUUUGUGACUAAAUAUUUUAUAUUAAAAUUUACAUCAGCAACUGUCUUGAGAAUUCAGGGAAAUAGGAGUGGAAUUUAAAAUUGCAACAGUUUUUGUUAAACCUAGAAACGUGAAAUUAGUAUUCCAAAGAGAUUCUGAAAUUUCUUAUCUUGGAAAAUGACGGUACAUUAAAUCAAAUUGAGGACAGAUGAUUUAAAAUUAACAUUUGACUUUUGAAUAAUAAAAAGAAAAGUGAAGAGUAAGAGAAA